AUGAAGAGGAAGAGAAGCAAGAAGGGUAAAUCCAAAUCUGCAUCUGCAUCAAAAGAUGAAGCUGCGGUUGUUAGUGUAGCGAGCGAGAGCAGAGAAGAUAGUUCGGGUGCGGGCGAGGAGAAUCAGAGUAAGAAUAGCACCAACGAAGACAAGGAUGCAGAGUGUGAAUCUGGGAUGGAGGUUGAUACGCCUUCUUCCACAGGGACGGACCAGCCUCUGAAGGCGGCAAGUGCCAAGCCCAGUAGUUCAGUUGAUAAAGAAAGUUCUGGGAAGUUGUCAGUUAGGCAUGUUAAGGUCAAGCUAAAGAGUUCCAAGGCUUUGGAGUCACCUACUGAUACUGAUAGAAGCAGUCCUCCAUUGGGAUCACAGAAACAAGGUGCAGCCAGUGAUAAGAGGGAAGACAGUGGCAGCUCAGUGCCUGACUCGAAAAUGAGCGGUUCUGGGAAUGUGGCAAAGAAACCAGGGAGUAUAAAGAUAAAAACUUCGAAGGUUGUGGAUGGUGAUAUUAUGGCAUCAAAGGACAGUGUGUUGAAGGCACAUAAGCCUCCUGCUCAGGUGUCUCAAUAUGAUAAGGAAGAGUUAGGGUCUGCCUUGAUAGUUAUCAGGAAGAUAAUGAAAAUGGAUGCAGCCCUUCCUUUCAAUGCCCCUGUGAAUCCCGAAGCACUGGGAAUACCUGACUACUUUGACAUCAUAGAUACACCUAUGGACUUCGGAACUAUAUGCAGCAAUAUUGAAAAGGGUGGCAAGUAUAUGAACUCAGAGGAUGUCUACAAGGAUGUGCAGUACAUUUGGGGAAACUGUUACAAGUACAACAAUAAAGGUGACUAUAUCUUGGACCUUAUGAGGCGAGUGAAGAAGAACUUUAUGAAAUAUUGGUCAGCAGCAGGCUUGUAUACAGGACAAUCAGGAGGAACCAGUGGUGCUGAUGGUGCCCAGGAAACAAAUGCUGCAAACCAAGGAAGCGCGAAAUCCAGCCAACCGAAACAGAAGUCUAAAAAGCGUCAUGGAAGGCGCCACAAAUCAGAUUGCUUAUGUGCUGUAUGUGUUCUACAACGGCGUAGGAAGGAGCGUGAGGAGAAUGCUCGGCUGGCCAAUGGCCAGUCUGCUGAUGAAGGAGUUACUCCAGAGACCAAGCAAGAGGGAGCUUCAUCACCCGUGGAAAGCCAUGGUGGAGAAGAUUCUUCAUCAAACAUGGAUGAUAACUCACAAGACCUAGGCACAGACGCUGAGGUGGAAGGAAAAGCAGAAGAGACUAAAUUGGAAGAGAGUGAAAAGCAAACCAAUUCUCCUGACGGGAAGUCAAACGAUGAAAUGGACGUGGAUGAAGGAGAAGAGGAGGAAGAAGAGAUACAUGAUCGACCAGAAGGCAGCAACGAAGCAUUGCAGAACUCACAGUUGGCUGAGAAGUCAGGAGAUGAGGACAUGAGCGGACAACUCGAUCCUCAAGUUCCAGAAAAUCCAGAUGGUGCAGUUGAUGUUGCUGAGAAUGACCACGAAGUAGCAGUGCAACAUGAAGGAAGCAUGGCAGUUAAACAAAACACUCAUAAGCAGUUGGUCGAUAGCCAGAAGGCAGGAAUGUUUGAUAAGUUUCGUCAAGAAGAUCCCAUACUCUUGGACCUGUGCACAAAGCUCUUCCCAGAAAAGCGAAGGUCAAUGUGGAACGGACCUCAUUCGCUGUUUGCUCAGCAGGAUCCUACUCCUGCUCGAGUGAGUUCUCUUCACAGGGCUAUCGAGACACUAAUGAGGUAG